AUGGGGAGCAGUGUGCUCUCCUGGAUCUCCCAGGGGCUGGAGAAGGUGAUUCCCCAGCCAGUCCCAGCCCUUACCCAGGCCCCGAGGACACUGCAGACGCUCGGGAAGAGCUUUGAGACAAGCAUUGAUGUUCCUGAUCAGACAGAGGUUCAGGAGAUCAAGGAAGAGGAAGAAGAGGAAGAGGAUGUUCUGGAGAUAACCCCCUUUGAUCCAGAGGAGGAUGAACUGGACAACUGUGAGUCUGAGGUUGGCACAGAUCUGGACACGGAGGAGUGGACCGGAGCACAGGUGCUGGGCUGGCUGCUGCAGGGCUGGCAGAGGAUGCUGCCACAGCCAGAGCCACUGAAAAAGCUGGAGCCUGAGUCAGAGGAGGAGAAUUGUGAAGCAACUGUGGAAGUUCAUAUUGUCCCUGGAGAACCCAAGGAGACUGACCUCAUCCUGGAAGACCUCCACGAUGAAUGGGUUAAUGAAGCCACGUGUGAGAUGGUGGCCUGGGGUCGAGAGGCUGAGCUGGUGGCAGAUGCUCAUCCUCUUCCCUCCAUCCAGGAGGAGCCUCAGGAAGAAGAAAACAGCCUGCCUGAGCGCAUCGGGUCAGCUACGAGCCAGAGCAGCACCAGCAUCAAUACCCGGCUCCAGGAGCUGGUGAAGCUCUUCAGAGAGAGGACCGAGAAGGUGAAGGAGAAGCUGACGGACCCUGAUACCACCUCAGAUGAGGAGAGUCCCACAGCAUCCCCUGCCAAGCAGGCGCCUGUGGCAGCGCCGGGAGGGCCGCCGGAGGGGGAGAGGCAGGUGCAGGAGGAGCACUACUGCGAGAUGCUGUGCUGCUCGUUCAAGCACCGGCCGUGGCUGGACCGCCUGAAAAACUACCAGUUCCCCAGCAGCAUCGACCCCCUCACCAACCUGAUGUACGUGCUGUGGCUCUUCUUUGUUGUCAUGGCCUGGAAUUGGAACUGCUGGUUGAUCCCUGUCCGCUGGGCCUUCCCCUACCAGACGCCGACAAACAUCUACUUCUGGCUGCUCAUGGACUACAUCUGUGACCUCAUCUACCUGCUGGACAUCCUUGUCUUUCAGACCCGGCUGCAGUUUGUCCGGGGGGGAGAUGUAAUAUCUGAUAAAAAGGCCAUGAAAGAGAAUUACCUGCGGUCACAACGCUUUAAGAUGGAUUUGCUGUGCCUCCUGCCCCUGGAUUUCUUCUACUUCAAAGUGGGUGUCAACCCCCUCCUGCGCUUUCCUCGCUGUCUGAAGUACAUGGCCUUCUUUGAGUUCAACAGCCGCCUGGAGGCCAUCCUGAGCAAGGCUUAUGUCUACAGGGUAAUUCGCACCACUGCCUACUUGCUGUACAGCCUGCAUGUGAACUCCUGCCUCUACUACUGGGCAUCAGCUUAUGAAGGACUGGGCUCUACCACCUGGGUCUAUGAUGGGGAAGGAAACAGCUACAUCCGCUGCUACUACUGGGCAGUCAAAACCCUCAUCACCAUCGGGGGCCUGCCGGACCCCAAGACACUGUUUGAAAUCAUCUUCCAGCUGCUGAACUACUUCACAGGUGUCUUUGCAUUCUCCGUCAUGAUAGGGCAGAUGAGAGAUGUGGUGGGUGCUGCUACUGCAGGGCAAACAUACUACAGGAGCUGCAUGGACAGUACCAUUAAAUAUAUGAACUUCUACAAAAUCCCCAAAACUGUUCAGAACCGGGUGAAAACGUGGUACGAGUACACAUGGCACUCGCAAGGCAUGCUAGAUGAGUCGGAGCUGCUGGUGCAGCUGCCAGACAAGAUGAGACUGGACAUUGCCAUUGAGGUGAACUACAACAUUGUGAGCAAAGUGGCCCUCUUCCAGGGCUGCGACAGGCAGAUGAUCUUUGACAUGCUGAAGCGGCUCAAAUCAGUGGUCUACCUGCCUAAUGACUAUGUGUGUAAGAAGGGAGAAAUUGGCCGUGAGAUGUACAUCAUCCAGGCAGGACAAGUGCAGGUGCUGGGAGGACCCGACGGCACAACCGUGCUGGUGACCCUGAAACCUGGAUCCGUGUUUGGAGAAAUAAGCUUGCUGGCGGCAGGAGGGGGGAACCGCCGCACAGCCAAUGUCAUCGCUCACGGCUUCGCCAACCUCUUCAUUUUGGAUAAGAAGGACCUGAAUGAGAUUUUGGUGCAUUACCCAGAGUCUCAGAAGCUGCUGCGUAAAAAGGCCAAGAAAAUGCUGAAAACCACCAAUAAGCCCAAAGUGGAGAAGGCAGCACCUGGAGAUGUGCUGAUCAUCCCCCCAAAACCUGACACCCCGAAGCUCUUCCAGGCUGCCCUGGCUGCCACGGGGAGGAUGGGGGGCAGAAGAACUCUGGCCCAGCUCCGCUGGAGGCUGAAGGAGCUGAAUGCAAUGCAGGUGGCACAGGUCAGCCUCAGACAGGGGUAG